UUAUAUAGAAGCACUUUGCCUAAAAAUUUGGGUUGGCAGAUGGCCUUUUCUGAUUGCUCUUUCUCUCUGUCGUAGUUUCUAAAGUCCAACGUUGACAGUGAUUGCUCUGAUCGGUCUUCCUCUCUGUUCAAAGCAUUGAAGGAAAAUGGCGGAACGGACUGUUUAUGAUUGCAUUGGUACAAUCUGCAAUUUUUGUAUGGGAAGACUAUUAGAUGAUCCGUUCAAAGAAUUUAAGGAAAAUGGUGGAACGGACUGUUUAUGAUUGUAUUCAUAUAAUCUUCAUUACUUAUUCCGGUUAAAAUUCAUUAUGUGAAGAAAUUGUGGGAUGAACAUGGAGUAUGUGAAGCUUCCCAGCGGCAAAAUCGAGGAUAUUUUGCAUGAAAAUGGAAUAGGAGGAGAAGGGAGAGAAGAGAGACUUGAUAGUUCUAAUGGAGGAGAUAAUAACAGGCAAAGUGGAGAUUCAGAUGGAGAUGGUGGCGCAGCUUUUGUUUUGGUCUCCAAAGGAACAUGGUGGCAUGCGGGGUUUCAUUUGACGACUGCCAUUGUGGGACCUUCCAUUCUUACGCUGCCAUAUGCAUUCUCUUGCAUGGGAUGGACGGUGGGACUUCUCUCUCUCUCUAUGGCAGGGGCUGUUAGCUUCUACUCUUAUUACCUCAUGUCCAGAGUACUUGACAAUUGUGAGAAAAAUGGCCGUCGCCACAUUCGAUUUCGAGAGCUGGCAAGUGAUAUCCUUGGUUCUGGAUAUAUGUUUUAUUUGGUUGUAUCAGUUCAGACAACCAUCAACAUGGGUGUGUCCAUUGGUAGCAUUCUUCUAGGUGCUGAGUGUCUGGAGGUGAUGUACUCAGAUUUGGAUCCCACUGGAAAUUUAAACUUGCAUCAUUUCAUAAUCAUAGUGGCCAUAGUUAUGAUCUUGUUGUCUCAAUUACCUUCGUUUCAUUCUCUGAGAUAUAUCAACUCCGCAUCCCUGUUUCUAAGCUUGGGAUACAGCUUUUGCAUUGCUAUUGCGUGUAUCAUUGCAGGUUAUUCAAGUGAAGCUCAGUCAAAAGAUUACUCCCUUACUGGAUCAAGAAUUAUCCGUGUUUUCAAUGGAUUCAAAGCAGUGUCCAUCAUGGGGACUACAUUUGGCAAUGGUAUUCUACCUGAAAUACAGGCAACACUUGCCCCGCCGGCUACAGGGAAGAUGCUAAAAGGGCUAUGCAUGUGCUAUGGAGUAGUAGUGGUGACAUUUUACAGUGUAGCAGUGUCAGGCUACUGGGCAUUUGGCAAUAACGUCCGUGAUAACAUAUUGGAAAAUCUUAUGCCAGAUGAUGAGGGUGUAGCUCUAGUACCUACUUGGUUGCUUGUUAUUGCUGUGAUUUUUAUACUCUUGCAGCUUUUUGCCAUAGCACUGGUGUACUGCCAAGUGGCCUAUGAAAUCUUAGAGAAGAAAUCAGCAGAUGUGAAGAUGGGUGUGUUCUCACUGCGAAACCUACUUCCUAGGCUAGUUCUGAGAUCUCUGUACAUAAUAAUAUGUGCAUUUGUUGCAGCCAUGCUACCUUUCUUUGGAGACAUCAAUGCAUUGGUGGGGGCUAUUGGAUUUAUUCCAUUGGAUUUUAUCCUUCCAAUGUUGCUUUAUAAUAUAAGUUUCAGGCCAGCUCAUUCUUCUAUGAUUUUCUCGGUCAACAAUUUAAUCAUGAUCAUUUUCACAUUUGUGGGAAUCAUGGGUACAAUUUCCUCAGUACGUCAAAUAGUUGUUGAUGCAAAACUGUUUAAGCUAUUUAGCACCACUGUAAUUUGACUAGUUGCUUUUCUUUUCCGUUACAUAACUUCCAAGAAAUUUAUCCAGUAACGGCAUUUUUUAA